AAAAGCUGCCGAUGAAAGCCUGAGAGUUUCACAGGAACUCGUAGUACAGAGUAGAUCCAUAUGAAGUUCGAACAUAUUGCAUUGUAGGUAGUUUGGGAGAUAUCCGGAAAUAAGUUAAUAAAUAUGUAAUAACGGAUAAACAUAACUGUUUGUAAAAACUCAAUAUUCCUAACCUUCAACGUGUUGUCAGAAAAUAAAAUAUGCAUUUUACUCAACUGCGUUUACCCACUCCAGUCAGCAAAAAGCAAUGUGGGGCUUUAAGGUAAUGCUGCUAGUGUGACGUAUAAACUAGUGGACGGAACGCUUCUUUCAUCAGCAACAAUAGUCAGCCAGACACCUCUGUAGCUUGCUAGCCAAAAUACAAAAUAUAGACACAAUAGACGAACCAAUAAAGCUCUUUAGACGCUUUAGUGUAUAUUAGCCACUGUGUUUUAAACCCACGUCUGUCGUCUAGUUAGUUAUCCGAUUUAAUUUCAUAUUUACGCUGUUAUUAGUCAGCUAGAGGGCUGAUUAAGUUAGCAUUAGCCUAGCUAGCUAACAUCUCCGACCAUGAGUUCACUAAGCUACUCUCCUCCUGAUAAAGAAGAGGUCUGCUGGACGGAGAAAGAGGUUCUCGUGAAAGAGGAAGAGGAAGAGGAGGCUGUUACAAUACAAGUAGAGGGUGAGGCUGUUACCGUGAAAGAAGAAGAGAAAGACGUUACAGUGAAAGAAGAGGAAGACGCGUUCAGAGUGAAAGAGGUGGAGGAUGUUACAGUAAAAGAGGAGGAAGAGAAAGAGGAGGAUACAGUUUUUGGAGUGAAAGAGGAGGAAGGGGAGAUGACUGUUACGUCGAAAAAGGAGGAGGAGGAGGAAGAAGAGGGGGAAACUGGAUAUCUGGGCCCCGUUUCCCAAAGUUAUCUUAAGGCAUCCAAUGGUUCUAAUGAUGAAGUUAGCUGUGAGAUGCUUUUGGGAAACCGGGCCCUGAUUAACACUAGAUCAGUGUCCCGAAAUCUGGACAGUUGCUGCUCUGAAGGAGAGAGACGGGACUAUCGUGGAUCCUCUGGGGAGCCUCAACUACAUCAUGAAGCUGCUGAGGCAGAGAAGAGUCUCUCCACAUCAGAACGUCUCAAAAAACACAGACUCACAGGGAAGAAACCUCACCGCUGCUCUGACUGUGGGAAGAGUUACUCAAGAUCAGAUUCACUACAACUUCACCUGAGAAUUCACACAGGAGGAAAUUCUCACCGCUGCUCUGACUGUGGGAAGAGAUUCACCUCUUCAGCAGACCUUAAAAAACAUUUGAGAAUCCAUACAGGAGAGAAACCUUAUAGCUGUGAUCAAUGUGGGAAGAGUUUUACUCGUACAAGUAAUCUGAAAGCACACCAGAGAAUACACACCGCAGAGAAACCCUAUAGCUGUGAUCAAUGUGGGAAGAGUUUUACUCAGUCAAGUAAUCUGAAAGCACACCAGAGAAUACACACUGCAGAGAAACCUUAUAGCUGUGAUCAAUGUGGGAAGAGCUGUCUUUCAACAUCAAAACACCUGAAGAAACACCAGCGGAAACCCACAGGGAAGAAAUCUCACCGCUGCUCUGACUGUGGGAGAAGUUAUUUAAGAUCAGAUUCACAAAAAAUACACCAGAGAAUACAAACUGGAGAGAAAUCUUACAGACCCUAUAGCUGUAAUCAGUGUGGGAAGAAUUUUACAACAUCUUGCCAUCUGACCGCACACCAGAGAAUACACACAGGAGAAAAACCUUACCACUGCUCUGACUGUGGAAAGAGUUUUGUUGUCCCGGGAAAUUUAACAUCACACCAGAGAACACACACAGGAGAGAAGCCUUAUAGCUGUAAUCAAUGUGGGAAGAAUUUUUCUCACUCAAGCAACCUGAUAGCACACCUGAGAAUACACACUGGAGAGAAACCUCAUUGCUGCUCUGACUGUGGGAAAAGAUUCAUCUUUUUAGCAGAUCUUAAAACACAUCAGAGAAUCCAUACAGGAGAAAAACCUUACCACUGCUCUGACUGUGGAAAGAGUUUUGUUUCAUCAACACAGUUAAAAGCACACCAGAGAACACACACAGGAGAGAAGCCUUAUAGCUGUGAUCAAUGUGGGAAGAGUUUUGGUCAAUCUGGCAGCCUGAAAACACACCAGAGAACACACACAGGAGAGAAACCUUAUAGCUGUGAUCAUUGUGAGAAGAGUUUUCCUACAUAUGGCAGCCUGAAAACACACCAGAGAACACACACAGGAGAGAAACCUUUUAGCUGUGCUCAUUGUGAGAAGAGUUUUCCUACAAAUGGCAGCCUGAAAAAACACCAGAGAACACACACAGGAGAGAAACCUUUUAGCUGUGAUCAAUGUGACAAGAGAUACUCUGAUAAAAGAUAUCUGAUCAAACAUCAGAAAAUGCAUACAUGAAGAAGUUGUUUCAUGAUAUCAAUGAAAUAAUGUCAGAAUGUAGAAUGUUUUAACAUUGUAGUAGGAGUAUUUUAAUGAUGUCACAAUGUAGAAUGUUUUAACAUUGUAGUAGGAGUAUUUUAAUGAUGUCACAAUGUAGAAUGUUUUAACAUUGUAGAAGGAGUAUUUUAAUGAUGUCACAAUGUAGAGUGUUUUAACGUUGUAGUAGGAGUAUUUUAAUGAUGUUCUACCUUAUCCUUUGCCCUGUUCAAUUGAUUGCAGCAUGAUAUGGAUAUUAGCCUCAGGGGGAAAUCCAGGCUCUGAAUUGAAAGAGUAUUAUUUAACAAAAAGUGACUAACAAAAAAAGAGCUGUGUUACACUUACUGUGUUGGUGACCCCCUUUAAUCAAAAUGCAGCACUUCAAAAUGUAGCUAGCUGUUUUCUACAAGUUGAAAAAGCUGCUUGUUUAAAAAAAUACAUGUAAUAUGAUAAUUGUUGCAGAUGUUUGUGUAUAUACACACAUGAAAGCAGUAUAAUAAAUUGGUCUAUAAUCAAUUUUAUUAACAAUCUGACAUCGCUCCAGUAUUUCUUUGCAACAUUCAAGUGCUAAUUGUCUUUAUUCCACUACUGAAGAAGCAUGACUCAAAUCACCUACUCAUAUUUCAAACAUUCAGCCUGACAAAAGAUACAUGUUUUAUUAUUCCAUGCCUCACCAUUAACUUAAUUAUUGCGAAGCGAAGGGGUGUACAUUCUGUUUUGAUAUUUCAGCAUAUUUACAAUUCAUGUAAAAUUUAUUAAAUAAAUAUUUUUGCCACCAACUGAAUUUUUUUGGUACAAUUAUGUUGUUUACGAACAAUGUAGUAAAACAAGCUUAUAUUUCUGGUUGGAUAUUACAUUCUAUUCUUACUAUUUUAAUCAAUGUCAUUUCCUUAGAAUGCGCACUAGUCUUUCAGUUUGUUAUUCUUUAGUAUUUUAUCCUCUUAUGUUUGUUGUGUAGUAAAUAUGAAAGUUUUUAUUUUCAUAGUGUUUAUUAGUUUUCCUUGUGAAGCGCAUUGUGUUGCAUCUAUGUCUGAAAUGUGCUGUAUAAAUAAAGCUUGAUUUGAUUUGAA